AUGUUGAAUUCAUAUCUUAGUUUCGCAGCGUUCCAGCUGCUUCUGGUUUUCUCAGUGGUUUUGAUUUACCUUCGUUCGACAUCCUCGGGCAUCUUGGAACCUCAGAAAAUGGAGCCGUUGAAGGAGCCACCGCCUGCCGAUCGCCUCGUCGUUUUCUUGAGAGAAGGAUUGUCCGCUCAGAUUUUCUUGGCCAACCAGUGCAAAAACGUACCACUGCUUCGGAAUCUCUUCUUGCACCAGGGUCUAGUUGGGAUUAGUCGUCCGGAGACGGAUACCUACAACACCAUAUCCCCAUAUAUUUCAUUGUUUUCUGGCUAUAAUGAGGACGCGGCAAGGGUUAUUCGUGGGUGGCUAGGUAAGCCAGCCCCUAUUGACUCCAUAUUCGAUCGGUGUACCAACAGUUUUGGGUGGACCACGCCGGAUAUUUUUUUACGCUUUCCCAAACUUAAUAGACCUAUAGAAACUAGUUUUGAAACUGAGUCAGGCGGUUUCCAAUCCUUUGCCGAAGUAGAAGAUUAUGUUUGUCGAUCUGUUAAAAGGUUUCUUAACGGCAAAUCUCGUGACUUUUUAAAUUCCACUGGAAUCAUUUUUUUUGUUCAUAUGACCGGUGUAGAACCAUCUGGAAAAAUACUUCAAAAGAUUCAAGAAAAUGUAUGGAACCUCUACAAAAGAUUUGAGCGAGCCUUUCCCGACCAAAGAACGGCGUACCUUUUUACCUCUGAUCUUAGCGAUACAAAAAACCAAUGCAGUCUGGCUGUAGAAUCUCCCUUCUUCCUCUGGGGUUCUGGAGUAGCUCACAUAAAAUCCAUGCCAGGACGCAGUUUUGCGGCAAAUGAAAGUGGUUAUAAAAUGCCCUUGCAUGUCCUUAAUCCUCCUCACCUCACAGCUCUUAUGAGCGCCUUGCUUGGAUUGCCACCGCCAGUAAAAAGUCGCGGAAUGCUGCCCAAAGGUAUGCUCAAUGCCAGUUUGCGUUACGAGGCCAACGCCAUGCUGACCAAUGCCAAGCAACUUCUGGCUCAAGCCCGCCGUUUGAGGGAACUCCAUCCCAAAAGGAUACCCGCAUUUUGGCUUAACUUUAAAAUUAUGGACAGCUUUUUACGGGAUUCUACGGGCCUUAAGAAUCAGCGUCGUUUCAGGGCUCUUCUGGACUAUAGCUGCAACUUUAUGCCAGUGCUGAUCAAAGGAAUGGAUUAUUUCAAGAACUAUUACAGACAAAUUCAAGUUAUUGCAGUGAGUUUGGCUGGAAUCGGGUGGAUAUAUUGUCUGCGCUGUCGUCUAACAACUAGAAAAAAGGGCAGAAACCACAUAGAAUUUCCAGAAGAAACUAAUUCCAAACAGUUGAUACACGCAAUAGGAUUUCAUCGAUUAUUUACCGCUCUGCUGUUGAUUUUCAUGCUACUCGAAAGGAUACCAUUCCUGGUGCAAGUAAUCUUACUAUUACCUUCUCUCUACUGGAAGGUGACGCUGCACGUUUUGCGCAAGAAACCCGAAAUGGUGUGCCGGAAGAGUUUGAUUUCCUCAGCUUUAAUAACCCUGAUUUGCUUGGGUGGCUUUCACAGGCGAUACAUCAUGGCAGUGGGUUACUUGGGAUUCGCUGGCUAUAGUAAUCGAGAGGCUUUCCGUAAGCGUGGACCGCAAUUCUACGUGUGGCUACUUUUACUUUUUGGACUUACUGUCGUAUCUGGAUUACCGGAAUCGCUGGGUUGCUCGCAGCCCAAAGCUUUUGUGUUUAGUGUCUUGCUUACCCUUCUUCGUCCGUUGGCCAAUGGGAUACACCUAAAUCUCCUCACCUGGCUAAGUAAUGUUUUCGUGCUUCUUGCUGCCAUUGAAUACAGUCUAAUUGGCUGGCAUCCGUGGGUCAUGUAUAUUGUGUCCUGGAUCUACUUGGGUUAUGUAGCCUUCUGGCAUCGACGCAGUAUGCAGGCCAAUGAAUUGGUGUUCUUCAAUUUAAGUACCCUUUACACCCUUACAUGCACCUCCUACGAAUCGGUGGUUAUCCAAAUGCUUGCCAUGGAACUGCAAAUGGCUCUGCGGAUGAAGAUGGAGAAGAACGAAAACAUUGGACCGAAGACAGCAGCACAUUACAUACUAAUUUACAGCUGGUACUCCCUUUUCGUUAUCGGCAGCUUUCCGGCCUUUGAUGACUUCCUAGAUAUCCUGCACCAAACCUGUUUUGGAUAUUCAACGAUGACCUAUGGCCUAGUUAUGGUUAUGAAACUGCUUCUGCCUUGGCAGAUUGUUCUCUGCAUCUUGGCGGGAAACUUCAAGAAUCUUAGUUCUCACGAACGCCAAAUCUUCGUUAGACUGAUGCUCAUUAGCAGUGCCAUGUCGAUGGUGCUUUUGUACAAGGUCACCAGCGUUGGUCCGUGGCGGGAAAUCCUUAGCAGAUUUUCCGAAUUUUCGAUUGUGCAGGUGUUUCCACUCAUUUGGCUGCCAAUGUGGCGAGUGGUACAUUUAAAAGUAGGUUCCAAGUGGAUUUCUGAGCUCCCCGGAUGAUUUGCUGUUUGUUAGUUA